UCAGCAUCAGCAUUAUACCAUCCAUCGUCUUUACACUACGUGCUUAAGGACUUACUCCCUACCUACCAGUCUGUCGUAGGCUUGUCUUCAACGGGUUCCCCUCUAUUCUUUGUUCAGCGAUUUUGCAGAACGCUCUUUUCUCAUCUGCGUAUUGGUAUUUGCGGCCUUCGCUGCUGCGCGUUAAGCGCUUCUCAAGAUGUCUUCUCUGCAGUAUGCUCCUACAACGAGAAAUGUGAACCAAUCCAAGUCAGUCUAAACAUUUCCUUUCCUGCUGAGCAGUAUCAUUUGUACACCUACUGAUCUAUGUGCGAUGCAGGUCGGACGGUGAGCUUGCCAUCAACAUCCGCAAAGCGACAAGUAUUGAGGAAACCGCACCCAAGCGCAAACAUGUUCGGAGUUGCAUUGUCUACACAUGGGAUCACAAAUCCUCGGGCUCCUUUUGGGCCGGCAUGAAAGUGUUAGUUCUCCACGUCCGCUGUUAUGUUCCGGAUACACAUUUGCCCAAAGGCUCUGGCCACAAGCUAGUUCUAGAAGUUAUCCCCUUGUCGUGGCAUUGGACUUUUGCAGCUUCAUCGUUUGUUGACCCCAAAAAACAACAUACUGAUCUCAAAGAUGGAUAGGCAGCCUAUACUUGCAGAUGAAGUACAGACUUUCAAGGCGUUAAUCACAGUGCACAAGGUUCUACAAGAAGGCCAUCCCUCAACUUUGCGGGAAGCCAUGGCAAAUCGGAAUUGGAUUGAUAGUCUGAACAGAGGAAUGUCUGGAGAGGGCUUGCGUGGCUACGGUCCCUUGAUCAGAGAAUACGUGAACUUUCUCCUCGCAAAGCUGUCAUUUCACAGCCAGCAUCCUGACUUCAAUGGCACUUUUGAGUAUGAAGAAUAUAUCAGUCUCAAAGGUAUUAAUGACCCAAAUGAGGGCUAUGAAACCAUUUCGGACUUGAUGCAACUUCAAGAUCGAAUAGAGCAAUUCCAGAAGUUGAUAUUUUCUCAUUUCCGGGGGGGUGGAAACAAUGAGUGCAGGAUAUCAGCACUCGUCCCGUUGGUACAAGAAAGCUACGGUAUUUACAAGUUUAUCACCAGCAUGUUGCGUGCUAUGCAUACAAGUAAGUUCGCCAUCUUUUCAAUAACCUAAGGCCUCUAUUAUCCUGACAACAUGUAGCCACUGGUGAUGAUGACGCCCUGGAGCCGUUGAGGAGUAGAUACGAUGCACAACAUUAUCGCCUUGUAAAAUUUUAUUAUGAAUGUUCCAAUCUCCGUUACUUGACGAGUCUUAUUACUGUACCCAAACUCCCUCAAGACCCUCCAAACCUUCUCUCCGAAGACGAAUCCGCCCCUCGAUUACCACAGCGACCCAAGCAGGAGAUUGAGCGACAAAUAACACCUCCACCUGCUCCGAAGAUAGAGGAGCCUGACGACAUCGGAGAAUUUUGGAAGAACGAGCAAGCUCGUCAAAAUCGAGAAUAUGAGGAGCAACAGAGGGUUCUCGAAGAACGCCAAGCCCAGCAAAUUUAUGCUCAGCAACAGGCAGCACUCCAAGCACAGCGUGAUUUUGAAGAGCAGCAGCGCCAACUGGCAGAGCAACAACGUCGGGAGCAUGAGGCGCUGCUAGCACAACAAUACCAACAACAGACGCAAGGAAAGUUUGCCCAGCUGGAGCAGGAGAACCUUGCUGCACGUGCCCAGUAUGCUCAAGAUCAGCUCAUGUUGCAACAGUAUGACCAGAAGAUCAAAGCCCUGGAGAACGAGCUUUCGCAAUUGCAGAACAAUUACGGGCAACAAUUAGGAAGUAAAGAUGAUCAGAUUCGAGCACUUCAGGAGCAAGUGAACACGUGGCGAACAAAAUACGAAGCACUCGCAAAACUGUACUCCCAGCUUCGCCAUGAGCACUUGGAUCUUCUGCAAAAGUUUAAAGGUGUACAACUCAAGGCCGCCUCCGCCCAGGAAGCCAUUGAUAAGCGAGAAAAGCUGGAGCGGGAGAUCAAGACGAAGAAUCUAGAGUUAGCUGACAUGAUUCGGGAGAGAGACAGAGCUCUACAUGACAAGGACCGCCUUACGGGAGGCAACCGUGAGGAAAUUGAGAAAUUGAAGCGAGAAUUGAGGAUGGCUCUUGAUAGAGCGGAUAAUUUAGAGCGGAGCAAGGGCAAUGAACUCUCUUCCAUGCUCUCCAAAUACAACCGCGAGAUGUCAGAUCUUGAGGAGGCACUUCGGAAAAAGUCUCGGGCACUCGACGAAAUUCAUGCGAAAUACAGCGAGGGCGGCUCAGAUGCCGAGCGUUUGUUGAGCGAGAAGGAAGCCGAAUUGGAGGUUUACAAACAAGGCUGGGAGGAAUCGUUGCUGAAGCUUAACGAGUUAGAGAUGUCAAAGGGCGCAACCGACCAGGCUUUAGAUGGUGAGAUCGAUGCUAUGCUCUUGUCCAACAUUGAUAAGAUCAAUGAUAUUAUCGACUCCGUUCUACAAAGUGGAGUCCAGCGAGUCGAUGAUGCUUUGUACGAACUGGACUCCUCGAUGCAAGCGGGUAAUCAGAAUGCGACACCUUCAUAUGUCCUAUCGCAGAUUGAAAAGGCAUCUACAACUACCACUGAAUUCGCAACAGCAUUCAACAAUUUUAUCGCUGAUGGCCCAAGCAGUAGCCAUGCUGAGAUUAUACGCACCGUCAACGUCUUUUCUAGCUCCAUAUCAGAUGUUCUUAGCAAUACCAAAGGUCUUACGAGACUCGCUACAGACGAUAAGAAGGCAGACCAACUCGUAAACGGGGCACGUCAGUCGGCACAAGCAACGGUUAGAUUCUUCCGUAACCUGCAGAGUUAUCGGUUGGCCGACAUGGAUGAUGUUCAAAAACUCGAAACAGUCAUCGGUCUUAUGGGCGAGGUUCACAGGAACCUCCAAGGCUUAAACAAACUUGUCGAUAGCUUCGCACCAAACAGCGGCAAACUCAUGAACAAUAAAGGCGACUUGGGGGACUUAGUGGAUAGCGAGUUGAACAAAGCCGCUGAUGCAAUUAGUGCAGCUGCAGCGCGUCUUGCCAAGCUGAAAUCCAAGCCAAAAGAUGGCUAUUCGACUUAUGAGCUGCGCAUUCACGACUCAAUACUGGAUGCAGCCAUGGCUGUGACUACUGCCAUUGCAAGAUUGAUCAAGGCAGCAACAGUUACCCAACAGGAAAUUGUCCAAGCAGGUCGCGGCUCAGGCGAUAAAACAUCUUUUUACAAAAAGAACAACCGCUGGACGGAGGGACUUAUCUCCGCUGCUAAGGCUGUUGCUUCUUCCACCAACACAUUGAUUGAAACUGCAGAUGGCGUUUUAUCCGGGCGCAAUUCUCCAGAGCAAUUGAUUGUCGCGUCCAACAAUGUAGCAGGAUCUACCGCCCAGUUGGUGGCAGCUAGUAGGGUUAAAGCGGGAUUCAUGAGUAAAAGUCAGGAAUCUCUGGAGCAAGCCAGUAAAGCCGUGGGUACUGCAUGUCGUUCGCUCGUUAGGCAAGUUCAGGCCAUGAUCGAAGAUCGUGGUGGUGGCGCAGAUGAUGAAGUAGAUUAUGCCAAGCUUGGGUCUCAUGAGUUCAAGAUUCAAGAGAUGCAGCAGCAGGUUUGUGUUCUAUCUGUCCCCACAGUAUUGUAGACUAACAAUUUUGCAGGUUGAAAUCUUACAACUUGAAAAUAGCCUGAAUGCGGCCCGCAAGAGGCUUGGAGAGAUGAGAAAGGUGUCUUACCAGGAGGAAUAGAUUUACACCGAUGCCAGCCUUAGCAGAGUAUAUGCUGUAUGGAUCUGAAUUCGUAGUACAAUAAAUUCAGUGCCAUUAUAUGUCCCUCCCGUCAAGAAUAAUA